UUUAUUAGCUAUUACGUAAACUUUAGCCUUUAUAGGAGUAAAUCUACGCGUAGACUCUUUAAAAAUACGUCUAAUAAUUGUAACGGGCUGAACGCCCUUUGGAUAGCUCCUCGAUGGAAUCUCGGGCUAAGCUGCGCGCGCACCAUCUGA